UCAAGUCACUCACAGUACAAUGGCAUUCAAGUUCGUAGUAUUGGCUUGCCUGGUAGCUGUUGCCAGCGCCGGUGUGGUUCCAGUAGCGCAAUACGGUUACGCAGCACCCGCAUUGCACGCAGCACCAGUGUCGUACUCCGCCCCCAUUGCUAAAGUCGCUGUCGAAGAAUACGAUGCACACCCUCAAUACAGUUUCGCAUACGACGUACAAGAUGGCGUCACUGGUGACUCGAAGAGUCAACACGAGACCCGCGACGGCGAUGUCGUUCAAGGCUCCUACUCCGUGGUUGACCCCGAUGGCACCAAGCGCACCGUUGAAUACACCGCCGAUCCCCACAACGGCUUCAACGCUGUCGUGCACAGAGAACCCCUCGGCCACGCCGCUAAAGUAGCAUAUGCUGCACCAGUCGCCAAGAUUGCUGCCCCAGUUACUUAUGCCGCAUCCCCGGUCGUACACUCUGCUCCUAUCGUGCACUCCGCCCCUGUCGCCUACUCAUCCCCUAUCGCUAAAUACCCUGCCCCCUUCACCUAUUCCGCUCCCAUCUACCACCACUAAAACGUGCCAAAAACUAAAAAUCUAAUUAUACAAUUUAAUUGUAUUAUUAGUUUAUUUUA